AAAAUUUUGCCCACGAUAAUGGCAAACUUCGUAACAUUUGCUAGAAAUAAAUCGAUAUAUUGUUACUUCAAGCGGGCAUUUUGCACGGCAUCUAAAAGUAAACCGGCGGUAACGUUAAAUGAAUCUACCGAUCAUGCACUGGAAGCUGGACAGUUCAAACCAAGACAUCACGAAGGCCGGUUAACGACCGGUUGUACCAGCGUACCGGAACCGUUGAUAAAUUCCAUACUCAGAAGUUGUAAGGAUCAUCCAGUAAAGGCCCUGCUAGCGGAGGGCAUCAAGCUGGACAACUUCCUACGAUCGCGCAAGGCACCUUUGGAGCAUGAUGAGCUCAGAAAAAAGAUCAACGAUUUGCGGCACUCCGUUGGGGACGAUUUCAAGACCAAGCUUGACGUGACAACCAUGUCAGAAGAACAGGUGAUCUACAUCAAUAAGGCGAUUGAAGCACAAGCAAAGAAACGAGCAAAACAGCAAAUUUACGCCUGGAAGCCGAUCAAUUACGAUGAGUUCAAGAGUCUGCAGUACCUGCUAGGAAGAGCAGCCGCUGAAUAUGCGGUUCUGAUUAGGAUAUUCGAUGAGAUCAAGAAACGUGACGCGCAAUUCAAGCCGCGAAGUUUUAUCGAUUUCGGUUCCGGUGUGGGAACCGGUACGUGGGCAGUGUCCAACUUGUGGAAGGAGCAUAUAUUUGAGUAUGUGUCAAUAGAUGCUUCCGCUGAUAUGAACGAGCUGGCUGAGCUGAUUCUCUGCGGAGGACAACUCAAUAAGGGCAUGAGUUUGCGAAAUGUGUUCUACAGGCAGUUUCUUCCGGCAUCGCACAACAAGUACGACAUUGUGUUGAGUGCGUUUUCGCUGUUUGAGCUUCCCUCGAAAAAGAAUCGUUUGGAGGUGAUCGAGAACUUGUGGAACAAAUGCGACGGCUAUCUGGUGCUGGUGGAGCAGGGUUCCUAUGCUGGAUUCUCGUUGAUCGAGGAAGCUAGGGAGUUUCUACUGAAGAAGCUUCAGAGCAGCGAAAUCGAGUAUCACAUAUUUUCUCCGUGUCCUCAUCAUCAGCAGUGUCCCCGAAUGAAGCUGGAUGAUGGAACUCCGUGCAAUUUCGAGUUGAGUUACAAUCCGCUACCGCUGGGAAAGACGAGUGAAGCUUCCAAAUUCCUGUAUUCAUACAUUGUAUUUAAAAAGGGCAAACCCAGUGAACAGAGUAGUUAUCCCCGCUUGAUAAGGCCGACCCUUGUCCGUUCGAAGCAUUCGAUUUGCCGUAUGUGCACUGAGAGUGGGCAGCUGCAGGAGAUAAUCUUCACUGCUUCCAAACACGGAAAGAACCUCUACCGAUGUGCGAGGGUUAGUAGAUGGGGUGACCAGCUGCCAAUCAAAAUAGACCAAACAACUUGAUUUAUGCUUACAGUAGAGAGGCAGAAUUUUGCGUAGGAGAAUAAACAAAUUGAA